GUGUUAAUGAGACACAUCAUUCUCUUGUUGAUCAUACAAUGCUUUGCUUCUAAUAUUGAUGUUUAGAUCUCAUACAUAGAUGCCCCCUUGAUCAACAUACAUUGGUGUAGUGAUACAGUCUUAGCACUCACAUCUAAAGGAUCUGUGUAUAGAAGCGAUGAUCGUGGUAGAUAAUGGACUAAAAUGUCUGAGAUAUUUCAUCGCAAGGCUCUCAUAUAACUUGAAGAUUCGGAUGAAAGAGUCGGAAUUGUAAAUAAUUUGGUUCCAAGUCCUGUUGAUAAAUCCUUAGUGUUAUUUACAGGAACAGAUCAAAUAGCUUGGAUUUCCCUUGAUUGUGGAAAAACCAUAACAGCUGUCAAUGCUGGAAAAUAGUUGCGAGAAUAUCAAUUUCAUCCACUUGAAAAAGAUUGGAUUAUUGCAUCAGCNGGAGUCAAAAGAAUUGGUGGAGUUGGUUAAGUAUAAAGAGUUGAUUUAUUAAAUGGAAAAUCAUUAUAAGCAGAUUUAGUUAUUUUAGGAACAGGAAUUCAACCAAAUAAUAAACUUGCUAAAGAUUAAUUAAAAAUAUCACCAAAUGGUGGUAUUGAAACAGAUGUGUUCUUGAAAGCUGCCAAGAAUGUUUAUGCAUCAGGUGAUAUAUCAAGUUAUCCAUAUUGGGUUACUGGUGAACAUGUUAGAAUUGAACAUUAAAAUGAAGCUGUUAGAUAAGGGUAAGAUAUUUGAUUAAUUUUAGAUAUGUUGCUGCUUUGAAUAUUUUAGGUAGACCAACUCCUUUGACAGAUGUACCAUUCUUUUGGACAAGAUAAUGGGAUAGAACCUUAGCAUAUAGUGGAGUUGGAUAAGGAUUUGAUGAAGUUAUUGUGGAUGGAGACUUAAGUCAAUAAAAAUUUGUUGCUUAUUAUGCUAGAAAAGGACGUGUUGUAGCUUCUGCGAGUAUGAAUACUCCUAAUGUAUGAUAUUUUUAUUAAUUUUAAAGGCUUAAAUGAUUAUAUCUGAAGCAUUAAGAUUGAAUGUUAUGCCAAGUGCUGAGGAUUUAAAGGAAAAGAAAGUCAAUUUAGAUGAUAUUAAGAAGAUUGUCUUAAGUAAAGGAUCAUCUUGCCAUUGUAAACGUGCUGGAUAAUGCUAAUCAUAAUUAUGAGU